CUGAGACGUGUACGCGCACAUCGAACGCAUUACACACAGCGACGCUUCUUUGCUUCUCCUGUCUCACCUUCCAGCGCUCGCUCCCGUCUUCAGGACCGGUUUCUAUGAGCUGAGGGAAGGGGGCGGAGCCGUGUCGUGAGCGCACCGGGCCGGAUUAUUUACAGCAGAGGGGUAUCCACAAUACACCCAGGCAGCUCCCCCACGGGCCAGGACAGAGUGGACAUCGUUUCUCCCCUCCUGUUGGAUUACCUGUGGUGUCUUGGAAGAUGCCUGCCGUGUCCAAAGGGGAUGGGAUGCGGGGCCUGGCCGUGUUCAUAUCAGACAUCAGAAACUGCAAAAGUAAAGAAGCAGAAAUAAAGAGAAUAAACAAAGAGCUGGCCAAUAUUCGUUCCAAGUUCAAGGGAGACAAAGCGCUAGAUGGCUACAGCAAGAAGAAAUAUGUCUGCAAGCUGCUCUUUAUAUUUUUGCUGGGCCAUGACAUUGACUUUGGACACAUGGAGGCAGUAAAUCUGCUGAGCUCCAACAAGUAUACGGAGAAGCAGAUUGGUUACCUUUUUAUCUCAGUGCUGGUGAAUUGUAACAGUGAGCUUAUAAUGCUCAUCAACAAUGCCAUCAAGAACGACCUAUCAAGCCGCAACCCUACCUUUAUGGGACUUGCCCUGCACUGCAUUGCUAACGUGGGUAGCCGAGAAAUGGCUGAGGCAUUUGCUGGUGAGAUCCCCAGAAUUUUGGUGGCUGGGGACACCAUGGACAGUGUUAAACAAAGUGCUGCCCUCUGCUUGCUACGUCUUUACCGCACAUCUCCCGACCUUGUUCUGACUAACGAAUGGACUUCACGAGUUGUCCACCUUCUCAACGAUCAGCACUUGGGAGUAGUAACGGCUGCAACCUCCCUUAUCACUUCACUGGCUCAGAAAAACCCGGAAGAGUUCAAAACAUCGGUGUCCCUGGCAGUCUCCAGGCUGAGCAGGAUUGUCACAUCGGCCUCCACAGAUUUACAGGAUUACACCUACUACUUUGUUCCUGCUCCUUGGCUGUCUGUGAAACUGCUAAGGCUGUUACAGUGUUAUCCUCCCCCAGAGGAGCCUGCAGUUCGAGGCCGACUAACCGAGUGCCUGGAGACAAUACUGAAUAAGGCACAAGAGCCGCCCAAAUCAAAAAAGGUGCAGCAUUCCAAUGCCAAGAAUUCUGUAUUGUUUGAAGCGAUAAGUCUCAUAAUCUCCCAUGACAGUGAGCCCAACCUCCUGGUCAGGGCGUGCAACCAGCUUGGACAAUUUCUGCAGCAUCGAGAGACCAACCUGCGCUACUUGGCUCUGGAGAGCAUGUGUACAUUAGCCAGCUCCGAGUUUUCACACGAGGCAGUUAAGACUCAUAUAGAAACUGUCAUCAAUGCCCUAAAGACAGAAAGGGAUGUGAGUGUGCGACAGAGGGCAGUUGAUCUCUUGUAUGCAAUGUGUGACAGGAGCAACGCGCAGCAGAUUGUGGCCGAAAUGCUGAGCUACCUGGAGACAGCAGAUUAUUGCAUUCGGGAGGAGAUUGUAUUAAAAGUUGCCAUCCUCGCUGAAAAAUAUGCCGUGGAUUACACAUGGUACGUGGACACGAUACUAAACCUCAUUCGCAUUGCUGGGGACCACGUUAGUGAGGAGGUUUGGUAUCGCGUCAUCCAGAUUGUCAUCAACAGAGAUGAUGUUCAGGGUUACGCAGCCAAGACUGUGUUUGAGGCUCUCCAAGCCCCCGCAUGCCAUGAGAAUCUUGUCAAGGUUGGAGGAUACAUCCUCGGCGAAUUCGGAAACCUCAUUGCUGGAGAUCCACGCUCUAGUCCUUUAAUUCAGUUUAACCUGCUCCACUCCAAAUUCCACCUGUGUAGCGUUCCUACCCGGGCGCUGCUCCUCUCUGCCUACAUCAAGUUUAUCAACCUGUUUCCGGAAAUUAAGACUACCAUACAGGAUGUGCUACGCAGCGACAGCCAGCUCAGAAAUGCUGACGUGGAGCUGCAGCAAAGAGCUGUCGAAUAUCUUCGUCUCAGCUCCAUCGCCAGUAAUGACAUCCUGGCCACCGUUUUGGAAGAGAUGCCCCCGUUUCCUGAGCGGGAAUCUUCCAUCCUGGCAAAACUGAAGAAGAAAAAGGGGCCGAGCACAGUUACAGAUCUGGAAGAUACAAAGAAAGAGAAGAGUAAUUCUGAUUUGAAUGGGAUCACCGAGCAUGCCCCUGUCAGUACUACGUCCACUCCAUCUCCCUCCUCUGACCUACUGGGUUUGGGAGCUUCGUCUGGUUCCAGCUCUAGCGCAACAGCCGCUCCAACCGCUGGCAGUCUACUUGUUGACGUCUUCGCAGAUGCCUCCCUGCCCGUUGCUGCGGACACUUCAGAAGCAGAUGAUCAUUUUUCAAGUGAUGUUCAAACAUCUUUAGAAGGGGCAUCAGGGGAACCAGAGCCCUCUGCGGACGAUGCAGAGGAUUUCUUCCACAAGUUCAUCUGCAAGAACAAUGGCAUUCUCUUUGAGAAUCAGCUGCUACAAAUUGGUGUGAAAUCAGAGUUCAGGCAGGCUCUAGGCCGAAUGUUUAUUUUCUUUGGGAACAAGAUGUCCUCACAGUUUCAGAACUUCACAUCCGCUUUAAUAUGUUCAGAAGAACUUUCUGCCAGUCUGAAUGUGCAGUCAAAGCCAGCAGAGACCACCAUCGAUGGAGGGGCACAGGCCCAGCAGGUGGUGAAUGUUGAAUGUGUGCAGGAAUUUACAGACACUCCUCUUCUAAACAUCCAGUUCAGAUAUGGAGGAACAUUGCAGAAUGUGUCGGUGAAGCUGCCUAUCACACUGAAUAAGUUCUUUCAGCCGACAGAGAUGAGCGCUGAGGAUUUUUUCCAGCGUUGGAAGCAGCUUAGCAGCCCAAAUCAGGAGGUCCAGAAAAUUUUCAAGGCAAAGGACCCAGUGAAUACAGAUAUUAUAAAGGCCAAGCUCGUUGGAUUUGGCCCAGCUGUCCUGGACAAUGUGGAUCCAAAUCCGUCCAAUUACGUCGCUGCUGGAGUCAUUCAGAGUAAAAGUCGACAAGUUGGCUGUCUCUUAAGGCUGGAACCCAACGAGCAGGCGCAGAUGUACCGGCUCACUAUACGCACAAGCAAAGAAGAAGUUUCCCAGUCGUUAUGUGAGCUGCUUUCUGAGCAGUUAUAAUCCGCCAUCAUGCUGGCCCUGAAACUCCUUGUCUUUGUGAUGUCCCACUCCUGCCUCCCAGUCUUUCAUCUCCACGAAAAUAAAUAUUACCUACA